AUGACAUAUUUAGAUGCUAUUCAUUGGAUCAGUACAGGAUGGAAAACUGUUACAGGCACAAUAAUACGUAGUACAUUUCCUGUUGCUGGUUUUAAAGACAAAUCAGAUGAUAAUAUAACAUCACCAACUUCCAAUGAUUCAACAAUAUCACCCUCUUCAAAUGAUCUAACAACAUCAGUAACAGAUGACGAACGAUCUGUAGAAUCAAAAAAGUUGGAACAUUUGUUACAAUAUGUCACAAUGGGUGGUCAAAAAAUGAGUGCAAGUGAUUUUAUUGAUAUAGACAAAGAUGUACCUACAUUUAAUGAAUUGUUUGAUAAUUGUGAAAAUCUGAUGGCUCGUGAUAUCAUCCAGCUAGAUGAUGAUAAUGGUAAUGACGAUAAAGAUAAUUGUAAAUUGAAGUUAGAUUAA